UUUUCCAUAAAAAAGCUAAAAAUGCCUCAUAUUUUACUUUUAUAACUGAGGAAAAAAUUGACGAUAUUUGGAGGAAAACGUCCUCAUGAUUAAACACAAAUAGAAGUCAUUUAAAACCGCGAUUUAUUAUGCGCAUAGCAGAUAAAUAUUUUAAAAGCUUGUUCAACUUUCUAAAUUGAAAAUUUUUUUUCCAAGAAAAUUUUAGGAUGGCUGUUGAUUCAUCGAUCAACAACACAGCUGGUAGCACAGCUUUAGACCUCAAUCGUAAGAUUUCAAUUCUUUUUAAAAAUGACCCGAAAAAAGUACUUGGAGUUCAAAAAUGUCUCUCUGAUUACGACGAAAGCAACGUCCUUAUCACGUUGGUUGAAAAUCUGCGUAAAUUUGUUUCUAAUCCAGGCGAGUUAAUACUUUUCGAUUACGUCAAACCAUUUGUUAUAACUAGUCACCAAAUACUGUACGAGGAAAUGCGCCCUAAUGGUGGAGCUGUAGUUUCGACACGCCUAGUCAUAGUUCGCCGAAUGCCGGACAAUUCGUUUGGUUUUCACGUACGCGGAGGCGAAGAACUGAACUUACCUAUUUUUGUUUCACAUGUAGAAAAAGAUUUCAGACCCCAAAACGGACACUAUAAUUAUUCUAACGUUUUGUCACCCGGAGACAUGAUAUUAAGUGUGAACGAUUUUAACGUUUCCAAAUCCAGAUUAAUAGAUUUUUACAAUUUCGUGCAACUUCAUUCAGUUCUGUCGCUUCAUGUUAUAAAUUAUUCAAUGUUACCUAUAAAUCUUCCCAGCAUCACUAAUCAGAUAAAAUGGGUCUUUACUGAAGGUCAGAAUGGAAUUUCUCCUUUUAGACCGCACUCGAUGCAUAGUGUAACAGUUUAUCUGAAGAAAGGAUUAGGUUGCAGUUUAUACCGAAAGCAAAACUCGCCGGCAAUUUGCGUUCAAAAUGUCGUGCCUUUCUCAGUAGCACACGAAGUUGGAAUUCGUGAUGACGAUCAAAUUCUGUUCGUGAAUGACGUCAAAUUCUUCGGGUUAAGUCGAACUGAAGCCGUUAUGGCUUUCCAUCGGCGCUCGCCUGUAUCAAUUUAUUUUCACCGUGCCUCUAAAUCUAAGAUUCAAAAUGCGGGGUACAUAAGCUUUCCCAAAUGUCCGAAGGACAUUUUUGAGGCUUUGGAGUCUCAAAACGAAAUUUUCUUAAGUCUGGUCGCCAAAUCAGGAUUCAAAAUAAACUCAAGGCGACCAAAUUCGAGACCAGGGACUCUGAUAAUAGAAGAAGCAUUUAGCUUGCAGCGAGCGGAAAAUUCCAUUAAUUUCAUUUCUGAUGUUAAAAUCAGUCCGGAUUCCUUAAAAUCAACCACUGUGAACGGCCACUGUAGUUUGAAGAUUGAUUCGAACAAAAACCAAAGUUGGGAAUAUGAAUCGAUGUUUUCGAUGAAGUCAGAUUCAAUGCCUCCGUCUCCUAAAACAAACUUCAUUGAAACCCCCAAGAGCAAGAAGCCCCCAAAAGGAAAGGCACCUCAGCCUCAGAAACAAUUGCUCGACAAAAAGCCAAUUAUAAAAUUAGAUUCAGUGGUUCAAUCGAACGGCCAGUCAAAUGAAAUAGACGAGGUAGCGAAAAACGCACGUCCAAACCAAUUGAGCUUGACAAAUGGUUAUCACGAGAUAGCAAACACAGAAACUGAGCCAGAUUAUAAAAUAACAAAGCCUAAACUAAAACCAGAUGAAAAGAUGCGAAGUUACUCGGGACAAAACGGAUCUCACAACGAACAGUUGUCCGAAUCAGAUCAAUUGGCCGAAAGUUCAGUCGGAACCCUGAAAAGCAUAAAACCACCAGAUUUGUUCAAAGAAAAACAAAAGGAUCCAGUACUUCUCGCUCGGAGCAGUAGCUUCGUCGAGCCGACCCAAGUUGCGAUCGGCGACCGGGAAACGAGUGGUGUUCGUAAAGUCACGUUUCUGUUCGGAGGGUACUUUGGACUGGUUCUAGAGGGCGGCAGGACGAGCAGCUUUGGCAGAAGAAACGGAGACGGUGGGUUCAUAUCAUCGGUUGUCGUCAAGGAUAUUUUCCCACAGAGUCCACUGAAAUCGUCUAUUGCAAUCGGGGAUAGAAUUGUGUCUAUAGAUGAUCAUAAUGUGGCGAAUAAACAUUUGACUGAAGUUCAUUCUCUGUUGACAAGAAUCGAGCGCAACAAAAAGAAAGGCGAGUCGGUUGAACUUAUGGUUGAAUCGAAAUCAAAACUAAUCGGCGUUCACGAAUUUCAAACUCGCAAUCACGAAAAGCGGAUCUAUUUUGAUAGCCAAAUCACUGCAUUUUAAACACUUUUUCGUCGAAGGAAAACAGAAUUGCUGAAGCCAUUAAUCUAUUUCGUUAUUACACUAAA